GGGGAUGACGGCGUGGACGAGGAACAGCUGAGGGCGACAGAGGAUCUAGGCUAACAGGAGAGACUCCAGGAGUGGGGGCAGAUCCCAAGGCAGCCUCCUGCUCCCCAGUGGUGGGUGCCCCAGCUCUACCUGGUGUGGCAGGGCUGAGGCUCCAUGUGCAUCUGUGAGCAUGCGUGUGACAGGUGCAGAGACGGGGGACUGGAGGGAGACUUUUAUACGUUUUGUACCUUUGUAACCAGAGAGAUGCUUAUGUUAUUUUUCAGCUUUUCUGUCUCCUGGGGGGUUUGAGGCUGGGCUGGGAGGGGGAGGGAGAUAGAGGGAGAGAUGCAGUUUGACCCCAUUUGGGUCCUGAGCAAACCCUAUGCUCAUCUCUCUCUCCUUCCUGGGGUGGACUCAGAUGGGUGGGACACAUGCCUUCCUCCCCCUAUUCCACCCCCAAGUUGAUCUGAGUAUCGUCAGGGGCCCAAAGUACAGAAUUGUUCUUUGCUUUUUAUUGAAUGCUCCAAAGGCCAAACUUCUGGGGCUGGGGGUUGGUCUUGGAAACAGGGGUCCUCUGACUUCCUCAUGGGGGCUCGCUCAUACCGCCCCUCCUGGUGGAUGUGUGUGUUUAUUAUGUGGAGUCCCUGCCACUUACUGCCUUAUGACCUAGGACUGAUGCUGUGGGGUGCUGGUGGAGCAGCUGAUGUCGUGUUUACAGAGCAAGGCUUCCCUGUCUCCCACGGGGAAGGGCUCGGGCCUCUAGUCAGACAUUCCUGCAGAGGGUCGGUGGAGGGGUCAUUCACCUGCCCCUGCAGCAAGCAAAAGUUGUCUGUGGUGCCAUUUGAUUCCCUGACACUGCCCCCUGCUUGAAUUGAUUCUGAAGGGUAGGGUGGGAAGGUGAGCAAAGGGAGCAGAAACAAGUGAACUCAAGACCCAGAAUGUAGGUGCCACUGCCUCCUAUGUUUACAGGAUCCUCCGUGGCCCUAGGCACCUGGGCUGCAGGAAGUGACUCCGUUCCACUCCUCCUUUAUUCCCUUAAAAAGGGAAAAAUGACUGUUACGACCCUGUUCACAAAACUCUUACUUUUGCUAUUUUGUCUGCUGUCCAGAACUGAAGACUUUAAAAUUUUGUUACUGUUUACAAGUCCAGAUUCAAAAAAUGUUUUUACUUUGUUUACAACUCAAAACUUUGAGUUUUACACUUUGUUUACAGUAGGUACUUUUUUUUCCUUUGUUUACAAGUGAAAGGUAGGGAAAGUGGGAGAGGGACUUGGAGGACCCACCUGUGAGGACCCUGACCUGGCCAUCUUGAGGGGUUUUCUAACCCCCAGCUCUCCCAGGCCGAAGGUCAGCCUUGAGUCCCGUUUAACAGCAGACCCAGAAGACCUUGAGAGUAGGCGUCCUCUAACCACUGGGGAGAGUGGCUGUGCAGACACCUCCUCCCCACCACCCCAUGCAUACUCUUGGGAAGCAGUUUCCUGGGAGAUUAGAAAUUCUACUUCCCUGACUGGAGCUAAAUCCCACCAGCCAGGACCCAAACUCUCCUUACCCAGAAGGACCCCAGCUCUUGAAGGGCUGAGUGGCCUGCUGGGGGUGGGAGGGUGUCUUUACUAUGUCCUAGGUUUCGUAGAUGCCCCUCUCUGGGGUUCCCCUCCUCCAGCCCAGCGGCCCUCUUUCCUGUCUGUGUAAAUUGUUCCGUGAAGCCGCGCUCUGUUUUGGGAAUAAACUUCUAUAGAAAACAGUUGUUGCCUUUUCCUGUUGGGGGCUGGGGAGGUAGGAUGGAAGCUGUGAAUGAUUCAAGCCAGACUGACCUUUGGGAGGAAUCUGAGCCCCUCCCAAGAAUAUCCAGCUAUUUUUAGCCCAUUUCAUGGCAGCUCUCUUUCACCUUGAAAUCUGGCCCCUCACUUUGUGAUUGGGGCCUGAUGUUGGAGCACAGGUGCUGAAAAUAAGGUGCUAAGGGAAACCUCCCCGUUGGUCAAGGCAACGGCAACAGGACUUCCUAAUUCUUCAGGGUCUGCAGCCCUGACCCGGCAUUUUUUGCCCUCACCUGCGGUGAAACCAACCUGAGGAACUGCUCUUGCAGUUCCUGCCUUGCCCACCCAACAGCACUGACGCCCACCCAACAGCACCGACCCCCACCAUUCUCCUCGGCGGCCCGCGCAGUAACCUUCUGGGAGCUACGUCCGGGCUGUGCUUAGUGCAGCGGAGGGGAUCCUCCAACCAUUUCUGGCCUGGGUGGCCAGAGUUAAAGGGGAGGACUUGGGGACCGUCGGCUCCGGGUCUCAAAGAGAUGCGUAGUCUCAGAAAGCCUGCGGGUGGCGCUCUCAGCUGAAGGCAAGAGAGGCCCCACAGACCUGGAUCCCCUACGAGUAAAGGCUGGGGUCACCGGCCAGUGGAGUUUCCUUUUCCCACUCCGUGAGUACCUUCCGCCGAGCCAGGACCUGGGAUCAGCUCCAACCUACUCAGGGCCUGGGGGCGCGACUACGGCCAGCCCGGCGCGGGUGCUUAGUUCCAGUUCUGCAGUCCCAUCCAGCUCCGGGCAGAGGGCCGGGCGAGCAGCGAGAGGCCUCAUAGGCCAGGUCGCCGGGGAGGAAGCGGUUAAAUCCUCCUUCUCCAGUCUCUCCCCGCCCGGCGCGCGCCACUUAGGCCCCGCCCCAGCGCGCUGAUUGGCCCAAGCCUCCCCGUCCUGCCCCGGGAUUAGCCCCCGGGAGCGCGCAGCUGGCCUCACCCGGUCCCGGCGCCGCCUUCCGGAGCGUAGCGGCCUCUAGCCCGAGCAGCAGGAGCAGCCCGCACCGGACAACUUGCGAGCCAUGGGGCUGGCGGAUGCGUCGGGGUGAGUUCAGCUCACAGCCCCGCGCGAGCGCCUCGCUGGAGCAGGCAUUCUCCGCUUGCGACGCCUCGGUUUACCUCUGCCGAUUUUCUGCAGGCGGCUGCCCCUCUGCAGCAAGGGGUGGGGGCGGGAGCCGGCGCGACCCCAGUCCCUUGGGCUGUGCGGAAAGCCGCUGGUGUGACGCCCGAGGGCCAUCCCGGGCCACAGGGAGGCAGCUGCGUGCGGAGGAGACCGGCCAGGAGAUGUGCCGGCGGGGGUGCGUGGGGGCCGGGAGUCCCUGGCAGCGGCCCGUGGACUAGCUGCUUUCAGCUGAGUCCCGAGUCCACCCAGCUCCACUGACCCCGGAGUGAGCGCUCCGGCCUUUCUGGCCCCAGUUGCCUUCCUACAGGGAGGGGCCAAUGAUCAAGGCUCCGCCCUCCAAACGCGGGUCCCAAGUUGUCGGGGGAGGGAGCCCUUUAAGAAGACCUGAGUGACUCACGUAGGAAAGGAGAGGGGGCUCUACGAUCUCCUUGAGAUAGCGGUCCCAGGAGUCUCUGAGGAUCUUCCUUGCACCCACUCCACACUCCUCCAACAGUACAGCCAGGUUAGAGGCGCUUCCCAGGUGAGUUCCUGUCCCUCAAAUGGGAUCCUCUCCCCAGGUCAGGGCUUUUCCUAGAUCAGAACUUUCCUGACUGGUGAAAGCUUCCCCAACAGGCUAGAGUUUUCCCCCAGGUAAGAUCCUUCUGUGAGAUCUAUUCCCAGGUGACAGCUUUUCCCCAUUCCACGUGGGAGCCUCCCCCCAGGUCAGAGCUUUCUCCACGGGAGAGUAUCCCCCAGGUGGGAGCCUCUCCCUCUAGGUGAGAGAUUGCCACUCCAAGAGCAAGCUCCUUGUCAGGUGAGAGCCAGUCCUUUGCUUCCCCAUAACAGGCCUGAGCCAUCUACAACCUGGACCCUGGGGCUGGAGGCCCAGGGGCAAGCUUGGCCCCAACACUUUCCUUCCCUUAGAGGGGAGGGUCUCAUCUGAGGCCUGAGGCUUGGGAAAGGAGUUGCUUGAGGAGCUGGACCCCUGGUUUGCUGGACCCCUUCCCUGAGUGUACUCUCAGCCAGCAGUGGGCUCCUGGGGCAGCUGGAGGAGGACCUGGGGACUGGACAGGGAUUGGCUAGGGGAGAGGGAUUGGGUGGGGGAGGGAGCAGCCUGGGACCUGGACUGGUAGAACACUCAGCACUGGGCUGCCACAUCUCUGCUGGAGGUAUAGAUAGUGCUCAUCCUGCAGUCCCUACUUGGGGGACUUUGUCCUAGAAAGAGGCUUUCUCACCAGCCAAAGUUCAGGUACUGCCCCUGUCUGAGUUUGGACAUGUGGCCCACAGAUGCCAGCUGGGGGCUGGAAUACUGUACCUUGAUCUUAGGGCCUGGAAAAAUCAGGUAGGUAACUCUCUGGUCCUAGGUGGAGGUGUAGGGGAGGUUGGGCCAGGGAUGCCUUCACUGUGUCUCUCUGGUCUUGCCACCCCAGACCGAGGGACACACAGGCACUGCUGUCUGCAACACAAGCAAUGGAGCUGCGGAGGCGAGACUACCACAUGGAACGGCCGCUGCUGAACCAGGAGCAUUUGGAGGAGCUGGGGCGCUGGGGCUCAGCACCUAGGACCCGCCAGUGGCAGACCUGGUUGCAGUGCUCCCGUGCUCGGGCCUAUGCCCUUCUGCUCCAACACCUCCCGGUUUUGGUCUGGUUACCCCGGUAUCCUGUGCGUGACUGGCUCCUGGGUGACCUGUUAUCCGGCUUGAGUGUGGCCAUCAUGCAGCUUCCGCAGGGCUUGGCCUACGCCCUCCUGGCUGGAUUGCCCCCCGUGUUUGGCCUCUAUAGCUCCUUCUACCCUGUCUUCAUCUACUUCCUGUUUGGCACUUCCCGGCACAUCUCCGUGGGGACCUUUGCUGUCAUGUCUGUGAUGGUGGGCAGUGUGACAGAAUCCCUGGCCCCGCAGGCCUUGAACGACUCCAUGAUCAAUGAGACAGCCAGAGAUGCUGCCCGGGUACAGGUGGCCUCCACACUCAGUGUCCUGGUUGGCCUCUUCCAGGUGGGGCUGGGCCUGAUCCACUUCGGCUUCGUGGUCACCUACCUGUCAGAGCCUCUUGUCCGAGGCUAUACCACAGCUGCAGCUGUGCAGGUCUUCGUCUCACAGCUCAAGUAUGUGUUUGGCCUCCAUCUGAGCAGCCACUCUGGGCCACUGUCCCUCAUCUAUACAGUGCUGGAGGUCUGCUGGAAGCUGCCCCAGAGCAAGGUUGGCACCGUGGUCACUGCAGCUGUGGCUGGGGUGGUGCUCGUGGUGGUGAAGCUGUUGAAUGACAAGCUGCAGCAGCAGCUGCCCAUGCCGAUACCCGGGGAGCUGCUCACGCUCAUCGGGGCCACAGGCAUCUCCUAUGGCAUGGGUCUGAAGCACAGAUUUGAGGUAGAUGUCGUGGGCAACAUCCCUGCAGGGCUGGUGCCCCCAGUGGCCCCCAACACCCAGCUGUUCUCAAAGCUCGUGGGCAGCGCCUUCACCAUCGCUGUGGUUGGGUUCGCCAUUGCCAUCUCACUGGGGAAGAUCUUCGCCCUGAGGCACGCCUACCGGGUGGACAGCAACCAGGAGCUGGUGGCCCUGGGCCUCAGUAACCUCAUCGGAGGCAUCUUCCAGUGCUUCCCCGUGAGUUGCUCUAUGUCUCGGAGCCUGGUACAGGAGAGCACCGGGGGCAACUCGCAGGUUGCUGGAGCCAUCUCUUCCCUUUUCAUCCUCCUCAUCAUUGUCAAACUUGGGGAACUCUUCCAUGACCUGCCCAAGGCGGUCCUGGCAGCCAUCAUCAUUGUGAACCUGAAGGGCAUGCUGCGGCAGCUCAGCGACAUGCGCUCCCUCUGGAAGGCCAAUCGGGCGGAUCUGCUUAUCUGGCUGGUGACCUUCACGGCCACCAUCUUGCUGAACCUGGACCUUGGCUUGGUGGUUGCGGUCAUCUUCUCCCUGCUGCUCGUGGUGGUCCGGACACAGAUGCCCCACUACUCUGUCCUGGGGCAGGUGCCAGACACGGAUAUUUACAGAGAUGUGGCAGAGUACUCAGAGGCCAAGGAAGUCCCGGGGGUGAAGGUCUUCCGCUCCUCGGCCACCGUGUACUUUGCCAAUGCUGAGUUCUACAGUGAUGCGCUGAAGCAGAGGUGUGGUGUGGAUGUCGACUUCCUCAUCUCCCAGAAGAAGAAACUGCUCAAGAAGCAGGAGCAGCUGAAGCUGAAGCAACUGCAGAAAGAGGAGAAGCUUCAGAAACAGGCUGCCUCCUCCAAGGGCACCUCAGUUUCCAUUAAUGUCAACACCAGCCUUGAAGACAUGAGGAGCAACAACGUUGAGGACUGCAAGAUGAUGGUGAGCUCAGGAGAUAAGAUGGAAGAUGCAACAGCCAGUGGUCAAGAAGACUCCAAGGCCCCAGAUGGGUCCACACUGAAGGCCCUGGGCCUGCCUCAGCCAGACUUCCACAGCCUCAUCCUGGACCUGGGUGCCCUCUCCUUUGUGGACACUGUGUGCCUCAAGAGCCUGAAGAAUAUUUUCCAUGACUUCCGGGAGAUUGAGGUGGAGGUGUACAUGGCGGCCUGCCACAGCCCUGUGGUCAGCCAGCUUGAGGCUGGGCACUUCUUCGAUGCAUCCAUCACCAAGAAGCAUCUCUUUGCCUCUGUCCAUGAUGCUGUCACCUUUGCCCUCCAACACCCGAGGCCUGUCCCCGACAGCCCUGUUUCGGACACCAGACUCUGAACAUGCUACAUCCUGCCCAAGACUGCACCUCUGGAGGUGCAGGGCACCCUUGAGAAGCCCCUCACCCCUAGGCCGUCUCCAGGUGCUACCCAGGAGUCCCCUCCAUGUACACACACACAACUCAGGGAAGGAGGUCCUGGGACUCCAAGUUCAGCGCUCCAGGUCUGGGACAGGGCCUGCAUGCAGUCAGGCUGGCAGUGGCGUGGUACAGGGAGGGAACUGGUGCAUAUUUUAGCCUCAGGAAUAAAGAUUUUUCUGCUCAA